GGUACCCGAAAGCCGGGGGUCUCACCGUGCCCUCCCCAGGGCUUUUUCCGGAGGACCAUCCAGAAGAACCUGCACCCCACCUACUCGUGCAAGUACGAUGGGUGCUGCGUCAUCGACAAGAUCACCCGCAACCAGUGCCAGCUGUGCCGCUUCAAGAAGUGCAUCUCCGUGGGCAUGGCCAUGGACCUGGUGCUGGACGACUCGAAGCGGGUAGCGAAGAGGAAGCUGAUCGAGGAGAACCGGGAGCGGCGGCGCAAGGAGGAGAUGAUCAAGUCGCUGCAGCACCGCCCCAGCCCCAGCGCCGAGGAGUGGGAGCUGAUCCACGUGGUGACGGAGGCGCACCGCAGCACCAACGCCCAGGGCAGCCACUGGAAGCAGAAGCGGAAAUUCCUGCCUGAGGACAUCGGCCAGUCGCCCAUGGCCUCCAUGCCCGACGGGGACAAAGUCGACCUGGAGGCGUUCAGCGAGUUUACAAAAAUCAUCACCCCGGCCAUCACCCGCGUGGUCGACUUUGCCAAAAAACUGCCCAUGUUUUCGGAGCUGCCUUGCGAAGACCAGAUCAUCCUGCUGAAGGGGUGCUGCAUGGAGAUCAUGUCGCUGCGGGCGGCCGUGCGCUACGACCCCGAGAGCGAGACGCUGACGCUGAGCGGGGAGAUGGCCGUCAAGCGCGAGCAGCUCAAGAACGGCGGCCUCGGCGUCGUCUCCGAUGCCAUCUUCGACCUGGGCAAGUCCCUCUCUGCCUUCAACCUGGACGACACCGAGGUGGCCCUGCUCCAGGCCGUGCUGCUCAUGUCCUCAGGUAAGGGCGCAGAGUCCCUGGGGCACCCCGGUGCCCGAAGCCCCGGGGUUUGGGGGUGCACGGGGUGGGCACCCCGAUCUCUGGGGCUUCGGUAUUUGGGGGCGCACAGGGGGGACGUCCCAAUGCCCGGAGUCCCGUUAUUUGGGGGUGCACGGGGGGGGGCAUCCCGAUGCCUGGAGCUCCGGUAUCUGGGGGCACGUGAGGUGGGCACCCCAUUGCCAGGAGCCCCAGCAUCUUGGGGCACAUGGGGUGGGGGUUCUGAUGCCCAGAGCCCCAGCAUUUGGGGGUGCGUGGGGUGAGCACCUUGCCCAGAGCCCCGAUAGUUUGGGGUGUGUGCCGUGGGCACCCCAGUGCCCAGAAGCCCGACGUUUUGGGGAGCGUGGUGUGGACCCCUUGGUGCCCAGAGCCUCAGCGUCUGGGGGAGCACGGAGUGAGCACCUUGACGCCAGGAGCCCCAAUUCCUGGGGG